AUGUAUCGUUUGCAUCCCUAGUUGCCAUACGAUCCAGUUGCUAUAAAGAAAAUAUUUAGGGUUUAUUUUCUGUUGUGCAACAAAGAUAGCCAAAAAUGUUGCGGCUCGUUACAAAUGCAAUAGUUAGAGGUCCCGUUUCAGUUAAACUGAUUGCAAAUCCUGCGGGAAAGCCACAAGUAUUGAAAACGUUUUCUUUGGUAAACCGCAGAUGUCAAUCUACAAGAGGCACUGGCACUGCUACUAUGGGCUUUGACAGCAACAAAAAAAUAGCGCCCCUUGGUUGGUUCCUCUUACUUAUCCCAGUGUCUACAUUUGGUCUGGGGUGCUGGCAAGUGAAACGUAAAGCAUGGAAAGAACAACUAAUCGAAGACUUAGAGCAUCAAACCAAGCUAUCACCAGUACCACUACCUUCAGAUUUAACAGAGCUGUCUGCUAUGGAGUACCAGUUGGUUACAAUCAGGGGAAGGUUUAUUCAUAACAAGGAACUGCUUAUGGGUCCUCGGUCGUUCAUACGUCCCGAUGGAAAUGAAACAGCCGGAGGUUUAUUUUCCCAGCGUGAUAGAGGCAAUGGCUACCUUGUCAUAACUCCAUUUAAGCUAGCAGAUAGAGAUGAAGUGAUUUUGAUCAAUCGUGGAUGGGUAUCUAGGAAUCAGGUCAAACCGGAAACACGAGCCGAAGGACAAAUAGAAACCGAAGUAGAGUUGACUGGGGUGGUGCGCAUGGGCGAAAACCGACCACAAUUUUCUCCGGAUCAUAAAGGUGGGGUUUUCCUGUACAGGGAUUUACCAAAAAUGUGCGCAUUAACUGGAGCAUCUCCGAUUAUCUUAGACGCUACAUACGAGUCAUCUAUUCCCGGUGGCCCCAUUGGCGGACAAACACGUGUAACAUUACGUAAUGAACAUCUGUCUUACCUUCUAACGUGGUUCAGUUUAUCAGCAAUUACUUCGUACCUGUGGUACCGUCAAAUAGUAAAGAGAAUUCCUUAUUAAACGUCACGAAAAGCAAACUUUUCAAUACCAAAAUUAGUUUACUUGUUUUAAUUUCGAUUUUAUUUCAAAACAUAUAUAUCGCCUUUUUCAUUUAGUUAUUGUAUACACAUGUGUAAAUAUUAUUAAUUCCAUACAUGAACGAAUUUUGGCAAAAUCAAGUGAAACGUGUAAAGUUCGUGUACUCAUACAAUGAAUAGAUAUACUUAAAUUUAAAGGUAUGUAUACUUUCUAAAUUAAAUUCAUAGUAAAUUACAUUGAUGUACAUAUGUAAGUACUAUUGGUAGGGAAUGAGAUAGUGGCCGUCGUUCCGAAUGGCGGCAUGAAUGCAUAGACAGGUCGAAAAGUGUGUAUGACUGGAACGGUGACACAUUUCCACUUUUAAUAUGCUUAAUGUGACUUGGUUAUUUAAUGUAAAACAAAGUAAAAUCGUUUAGACGUAUACGUAUGAACACGUUUGUAAAUAUUUACAAUAACAAAUGUUACAGCAAAAUAAUAAAUACUGUAUAUAGGCUUUA